AUAUAGCCUACUCCAUCAACAUAUCCAUAGCUCACUCAAAUAGAAGCAAAUUAAGAAUGGCGACUGCUGCGAGCACUAAAGUUCCCGACAACGUGAUGCAAGAAACCUUAGAAGCUCAUGCCAUUCUAUGGAACCAAACCUUUAGCUAUAUCAAAUCCAUGUCUCUAAAAUGCGCCGUUGAACUUCACAUCCCCGACGCCAUCCACCGCCAUGGCAUGCCGGCCACCAUUUCCCAACUUCUUGCCUCUCUGUCCAUCUCUCAAGACAAAUUUCACUACCUUCGCAGCACCAUGCGCGUCCUUUCCCAAGAAUGCAUCUUUAAAUCCCACAUCACCCCCUCCGGCGAAGAAACCUUUGACCUCACCCCUGUCUCCCGCCUCCUCCUCACUGCAAGCUCCUUUCCCCACAACCCUAACACCUCCCCUUUAGUUCUCUUAAGUCUCAACCACCGCAUUGUCGACUCGCAUCAUCAACUCUCUCGUUGGUUCCUUGAACCGAACGCUACCAUAACACCUUUUGCGAUGGCAAACGGAAAGGCGGUCUGGAAUCUAGCAAUGGAGCUACCGCAGUUUAACGAUUUGUUUGAUAAGGCAAUGGAAUGUGAUUCCAACUUUCUUAUGAAUGUUAUGGCGAGUACUGGAGAGGGGUCAUUUCGGGGGAUUGGAACAUUAGUGGAUGUUUGAGGUGGUACUGGCUUGAUGGCAACUGCAUUGGUGGAGGCAUUUCCUGGGUUGAAAUGCAUUGUUUUUGAUCUACCACAUGUCAUUGGUACGGUGGAGAAGAAGACGAACAUGAUUCAAUUUGUUGUCGGUGACAUGUUUGUCGAGAUCCCACAAGCCGAUGUUGUUAUGCUUAAGUGGAUAUUGCAUGAUUGGAAUGAUGAAGAUUGCGUCAAGAUACUACAACGUUGCAAAGAAGCAAUUCCUCCUAAAGAGAAGGGUGGAAAAGUGAUUAUAAUUGACAUAGUGGUUGGUUUGAGCUUCAACUCUCAUUCUUCAUUGCAGACACAACAUCUCUUUGACUUACUUAUGUUGGCUUUGUUCAUGGGAAAAGAAAGAGAUGAAAGUGAAUGGAGCAAUCUAUUUGUCACUGCAGGUUAUAGUGACUACAAGAUAACACCAUAUGUUGAUCACAUGAGAUCUAUUAUCGAAGUCUUUCCUUGAUUAAUUAUUAAUUGGCUUCAAGUCUUAUUAUUAGUAUAUAUUACGGAGCUUAUUAUGAUUACUUUACU